AUGGCGAUAGGACCGUCAACCCUUCUGAUCACAGAAUGGACACUCAUAGCCUUAUCGACAAUCGUCAUCAUCGCACGAAUCUACCUCCGCCUCAUCAUCCAAAAACGAAGGAUCAUGGACAGCGACAUAUGGAUGAUUCUAGCAUGGGCAGCUGGUAUUACCGUGGCGUCCUUCUGCGUCACGUAUGUACACUUGGGCGUCAUGGAGCCAUGGGUCGACAGCUCUCUGAAGGACUGGGAGGGAACUCGCGAGGAUAAAGAGUUCGUCCUCAAGUUGCUUUGGAUCUGUGCUCUGCCAUUCUUCACGGCGUUUUAUCUCUGCAAAGCUGCUCUGCUUGCUGUCUACCGCCAGGUCAUUCCUGUUCAUAUGCAUAAGAGGAGAAUGUUUCUGUGGGCGACUGCUCUCUAUGUUGCGCUUUCGUAUAUCGUCACUAUGGUUCUGCCAUUUUGCGUCUGUAUCCCGGUCACUCGACUUUGGUCAUUGGAACCUGAUAAUAAGUGUCCACGCAAUGCUGCAAUGAUGUUCUUGAAGACUUCUUGGGCUCUACAUUUUGCUGGCGAUGUUUUUAUCUUCAUUCUACCUUGGCUCAUCGUGCCUGAUCUCAUGAUCAAAGGAUGGCUGCGGGUUGGCGUCUACUUGACCUUCCUUCUCGGCAUUAUCAACAUGGUCAUCAGCAUUGUCCGCUUCCACGAACUCUUCAUCAUCGGCGCUAACCGCAAGGUCUCCAUCGUAGAAGCCCACUUUUGGAAUACCUUGGACCUAUAUCUCGGUCUAGUCAUCGCCUGUCUCCCUUCACUACGACCAUACUUCAACCUCGCCGCCAACUCACGCGCAUUCAACAGCAUCCGAGGAAAAGUAACAAGCCAAAGCAGUCGCUACACUACCGACUCUAUCCAGAAACCCGAAGCAGCGAGACUCACGCAAGAUCAAUCGGGUAUCUCGCCGCCCAGUCGACCUAUCAGACGUUUAUCACAUUCAUCGCGAGACUUUGACUUGGAGUCUUGUGCUGGUUCGUCAGAUUCACAUGAAGAUGCUAAGAAUAAGGCCUUUGAGAUUGAAUUGGCUCGGGUUCGUACUCGUGCGAGAGAGUCAUCUGAUGAGUAA